AUGUCCGGCAGUCCAAGCUCCACGAAAGCCCAAUGCGGCUGUCCUCAGUCGCAGAGACAUAAGGAGGAUGAGUCCGAAGAGAAUAUUGCGUGGCCAGCAUGCGACAGCACCAGCCAGGACGGCCAGCCGUCUUCAAUGGAUGUAUCCGAUCCCGGCCGCAAUGUUGCGACUUGGCUGCUCGAUACAAAGAAUCCCGCGACCCGCCAAUGCGAACCGGAAAUUUGGAAGAGCUUGUGUCAGCGUGAUGAGCUCGCUGCGGAGAUUGAGAAGAUCAGCAAGUCCGGUGAUGGAAAGUCGCAGUGA